AUGUGGCUCCAAGAGGUGGCACCAGGAGAAUGGCUGGGGGGCAACCACUGCCCCGUGAGCCAGUUUGUCCUCUUGGGCUUCACCGACCUGCAGGAGCUGCUCUUGGUGAUUUUUUCACUCCUCUACACCACCACCCUGCUGGGGAACCUGGGGAUGAUCAUCCUCAUCAAGACCAGCUCUCAGCUCCACGUGCCAUACUUCCUCAGCCACUUCUCUUUCCUGGAAGUCUGCUGCUCCUCCUCCGUCACGCCGAAGGUCCUCUCCGCUCUCCUUGCCGAGACAAAUGUCAUUUCUUUCCAGGGUUGCAUCACCCAAUUCUGCUUCUUUGCAGUGUUUGGCACCACAGAAGCCAUCCUCCUGGCUCUGAUGGCCUGUCACUGCUUCCUGGCCACCCACCAGCCUCUGCACUGCUCCUCUGCCGUGUCCCACAGGGUCCUCGUCUGGCUGCUGCUGGCUUCCCACGCUGCCGGCAGCCUCAAUGCCCUGGUGCACACCAGUGACCUCCUGAGCCUCUCUUUCUGUGGGCCAAACGUGGUCAACCAUUUCUGCUGGGAAUUCCCACCCCUGCUGGUCCUCUCCUGCUCUGACACCUGGCUCAACCAGGUGCUGAUGGCCGAGGCCAGCUCCCUCUCGGCCGUCGCUGCCUCUUACGCCUGCAUCCUGCUCACCAUCUGCAGCAUGCCCUCACUGGGGCAGGCACGGAGCUUUCUCCACUGCACCUCACACCUCAUGGCUGUUGGCCUCUUCUCUGGCUCUGCAGCUUGCUUGUACUUCCAGGCAUGUGGAAAAUCAAAGGAAAGCAGCCUCUCCCACACCAUGGUGACCCCCGUGCUCAACCCGUUCAGCUCCAGCCGGAGGAACAAGGAGGUGAGGAGCAUCCUCAGGAGGGAUACAGACAAGCUCCUCUCCCCCACCUAUUCCCACAGGUCCUGCUCUAACCAAACCAAAGCAGAUAUCACCUGCCACAGCAGAAGAAAUGAGGUGGGCACCUGGCAGAAUCCUGGAAACACAGCUUCAGAGAAGCUCUGUGAGGGAAUGGACUCAUAA